CAGCCUUUUCAUUCUGCGUUGACUGGCGCUCAGGUCGGACACACCGGGAAUGGGAUCUUUGGCGAAGAAAACCUUCCAAUUUUUCCGCGUUUAUGCCCUCCAGAGGCUCCUGUUUAUUUUGCGGGAAUAAUUCCGGGUAGCACAUUGUACUCAAAUGUAAGGGGGAGAAAAUGUGGUGAAAUGUAAAAAAAAAAAAAAGUUAUAGAAAAGACAACGAAUGGGAUAAUAACUGCAAUUAGGAUUAUGUAAAAGACUUUAAAUAUCUAGAUAGAUUCCCCGCACAUCAUCAAUUCUAAAAAGAUUUUCCUUUUUUUGUUUUUACUCACUCACAAUAAUAACGAAUCUGAUCAGAGCUUAAUUAGUGAUAGAUAUUACACGAAGGAAAUAACCAGGUUCAAAAGAAAGUUCACGGAAAGUUUCCUGAAAGUUGCUGUGCGUUUUUUUGUGUAUGGAGAGAGGAGGCAUUGUGCAUCAAGGUUUUUAUCAUGGCCAAGUGGUUUAAAGAUUUCCCAACUCUGAAAACAGGCUCGGACCGACUUCGCUCUGCAUCUGAAUCCGGAGCGCAGACCCGACCCAGAGCGGCUCUGAGCGGCGGAACCGGAGCCAAAGCGAGUCCGCGGAAAAACUCGGAGAACGCAGGCGGAGUGGGUUCACUCCUCUCCGGGAGGAAUCGCAAAAACUCGGCCGUUGAACUGGGCCGAAACCAAUCGAGUCCGGGCUCGGUUAAGGAUGCCAAGAUAUGGGAGAUCCUGAUACCUGGGAAAAGUAAGAAGAAUGUAAAGAUGGAGGGUUUCGAGGAUCACCGCACGCUGAGGACAAGCGCCAUCGGCGACGCGUACAUGAGCCGAAUGAUCAAAGUGGAUAAACAGGAUAAAUGGCAGGAGAAGAAAUACAACAGUGCUGCUGCUGAAGGCACCUUGAGCGAAACAGAGCGUGGAAAAACACCUGUUAAAACUGAAACGCUGAUUAUCCUGGAGGACUAUGCAGACCCUUUUGAUGCUGAGAAAACAAGAGAGCAGAGAGAAGCUGAAAGAGAAGGAGAGAAUGAUGGAUAUAUGGAGCCUUAUGAUGCCCAACUCAUUAUCACAGAGAUUCGUCGGCGCGGGUCCAAGGACCUUCUGAAGGUGUGUGUGGUGUUGAACGGAGGAGAAGGAGAAGGAUCUGGAUCCACACAGAUCUACGACGUGCCAUAUGAGGAGGUUCUGGAGGGCAUCCCCCUGACCCGGCCCGAGUCUGACCCCCGACCACCUGCAGAGUACGAACUCCCGUGGGAGUGGAAGAAGGAGCAGAUUGUUCGAGCACUGUCAGCUCAGUUUGAUGGUGUGGAGAGGGUGUCUAAAGAGGAUGCUGCUCCCACUGGUGUUAAACAGCAGACUCUGCGAUCUGUGAAGAGCUGGACCCCCAAAUCUCUGCGCCUGUCCCCUCCAUCUUCACCGAAAGCCAGCCCGGACUCUGAGAGCCAUAAAGUGGACCCCACCGUGCCCCUCGAGCUACAGAGCUGGUAUCAUGGCAGCGUCAGUCGUCAAGAGGCUGAGGCUCAGCUGCAGAACUGUAAAGAAGCCAGCUUCCUGGUGCGUGACAGCGAAUCAGCCACCAGCAAAUACUCCAUUGCCCUCAAGACCAGCCAAGGUUGUGUGCACAUUAUUGUAGCACAGACCAAAGAGUGUGGUUACACACUGGACCAGAGCAGCUGUGUGUUUCCCAGCAUACCGGAGGUGGUGCACCACUACUGCACCCAGCGUCUGCCCUUCACUGGAGCUGAGCACAUGACCCUGCAGCACCCUGUACCCCGUACACACUGAUCAACACAAAAAAAACAUCUCGCUACAGCUGAGCACAUCAUCCGGUCCCCUACAUCACCUUGCAGACACACUGGGAAAUCCUACACAGCAGUUAACA